CGGGGUGAAAGGUCACGAAAAUGGCGCUGGCCGCUCGUCUUUUACCCCGCUUGCUGCUUUCUCGGCGGUUGCCCGGCGGGGUCGCCGGAUCCCGGAUUCCCGAUGCAGCCAAGAUGAAGCCGCCGUUGGCUGGAGUUUGCUAUACCUGUCGCUGCCACAUUGGCUCGGGAACGACCCCAUUUCCUCGAUUCACUUGGGCUUCGGCAGCCUCCGCUCUGCCUGUUCAGGGCUCCCGGCUUCCCCUGCUCAGCCCGCCCGGACUCUCCGCAGCCCUCCCCGCUUUCCCUGCCAGCCCUCGGCGCAGCUACAGCACUGGGGAGCAGCCCCAGCAGCGCCAGAAAACCAAGAUGAUCAUUCUGGGGUUGUCCAAUCCCAUCAACUGGAUUCGGACUCGAAUUUACGCCUUCCUUAUCUGGGCCUAUUUCGACCAAGAGUUCAGCAUCGCAGAAUUCUCAGAGGGAGCGAAGCAGGCUUUUGCUCAUGUGUCCAAGUUGCUGUCACAGUGUAAAUUUGAUCUUUUGGAAGAACUUGUAGCCAAAGAGGUACUAAAGGUAUUGAAAGAAAAGAUCACUUCACUACCUGAAAACCAUAAAAACGCCCUUGCUGCCGACAUAGAUGAAAUUGUGUAUACAUCAACAGGAGACAUCUCCAUUUACUAUGAUGACAAAGGAAGGAAGUUUGUUAACAUCCUGAUGUGCUUUUGGUAUCUAACCAGUGCCAACAUCCCCAGUGAAACUUUAAGUGGAGCCGGUGUCUUCCAGGUUAAGUUGGGGGAUCAGAAUGUGGAAACGAAACAGCUUCUUAGUGCGAGCUAUGAAUUUCAGAGGGAGUUUACAAAAGGAGUAAAGCCUGACUGGACCAUUGCACGGAUUGAUCACUCAAAGUUAUUAGAAUAAACUUUCUUGAAAAAAUUAGAUGAUUGGACUUUCAGCAAUUGCUGUGAAAACUAAGGAAGAAAAGUUUUGGAUCAUUUGAUCUUCACUUAGUCAAGUCUGUGGAUUACUUUUGUAUUAUUUUGAAAUACUCCUUGUAGUAUAUUGGCAUGAUACAGUAAAGCAUUUUCCACAGAUUGUUGUCACCUUCUAUAAAAGAGAACAAAAUAAAGAAACUACAGUAGCUCAUC